AUGGUGCGCAACAUACGAGCGAUGUGGAUUCUACUCGUCAACAUCGGGAUGGUAAGGGUACAACAGGUGGGCAAUGCAUGUCUUCGACUGCAACGGCCACCGCGGUUUUGCCGUUGGAACGAUGUUGCAGGCGAGGGCAUUGUGGACGAGAAAUGCAACUGGUGCUCGUCCUUAGUGCGCGUUGUUGGUGCCCAGCCAUCUUCACUGGCCACGUCGAAGAAGAAGCGUGCAGGGCAAGACUCAGGCGCAUCCAAGGGCUUCGGUUGCCUUGACUCAGACGUUGUGCAAUUGCUUUGGGCGGCUUGGGCGGCUGCGGCGGCUAUAGCAGCGUUUCGGACACUUCGGAUUUGGGAAGGCAAACGCGUGCAGAAGAUGCCAAUGGACCUCGAUACGAUGAUCAGGCUGCCAGGGCGAGAACCAAAGGAGAACAAGUCUCAGGGGUGUGAUGCGUAG